AGUUCAUCCCAUUCACUGACAAUGAAUCUAACAACUCUCCGUGUGUGGUGUUAUAAUUGUGAAACUGAAGUGUUUUUGAAGAAUAACUAUCCUGACUUGAAGUCUAUCCUGGAACUGCGACGACGGAAUGCCCAUAUAAGAGCACCACCAGAAGUUAAUACCCAGAAUUUUGAUGAUGAUUCUGAUUCUAACGAUGAUAAUGAUAGUGAUGUCAAACCUAGAGGACUAACUGGAUUGAAGAAUAUUGGCAACACAUGUUAUCUGAAUGCUGCCCUGCAGGCACUGUCAAACUGGUAUGCAAUCAAUUCAAGUGUGCUUGAUAUUCUGUUUUAUUAUGACCAUAUUUAA